CGCAUCCGAUCCCUUCUCUCCUCUCCUCUCCCGUCCUCCCCUUUAUCUACCGCCGACUCGAAAUCGAGCGCAACGCAGAAGGCAAGAGGGAGAUCACUGGCUCAUCAAUGGCGGCUCCAUCUCUCAGACUGGAGGGCUCUUUCGCUCUCUCGGUGCUCCCCUCGACCUCCAUUUCCCCUUUGAUUGCCGCGCCGCGAGUGGUGGCGGCGGCUCCGAGGCCAAUACCCCUCUUCCGAAGGAGCCUCCCCUCACCCAUCUCCCGUAGGAGUUGUCGGUUCGCGGUGAAGGCUUCCUCGGCCCCGCCCACGGCAGAAGAACUCAAGAUAUCAACGAUCUCCACGAAGCCGGUCGAAGGGCAGAAGACCGGGACCAGCGGGCUCAGGAAGAAGGUUAAGGUUUUCCAAGAAGAGAAUUAUCUGGCAAACUGGAUACAGGCGCUGUUUAAUUCUUUGCCUCCUGAGGAUUACAAGGGUGGCGUGCUGGUAUUGGGAGGCGAUGGUCGGUAUUUCAAUCGUGAGGCUGCACAGAUAAUCAUCAAGAUUGCUGCAGGGAAUGGCGUGGGAAAGAUUCUUGUUGGCAGGGAUGGCCUCAUGUCAACUCCAGCUGUUUCUGCAGUGAUUAGGAAGAGAGGGGCCAAUGGUGGUUUUAUAAUGAGUGCAAGUCAUAAUCCCGGUGGACCAGAAUAUGACUGGGGCAUUAAGUUUAACUACAGCAGCGGACAACCUGCACCAGAAUCGAUAACUGACAAAAUUUUUGGAAACACACUUUCAAUUUCUGAGAUAAAAAUUGCAGAUAUUCCAGACGUUGAUCUCUCCUCCCUUGGAGUUGUAACCUAUGGAAAUUUCACAGUGGAAGUGAUAGACCCUGUUUCUGAUUACUUGGAAUUAAUGGAGAAUGUGUUCGAUUUUGAGCUUAUCAAGGGUCUUGUUUCCCGGCCUGAUUUCAGGUUCACAUUUGAUGCGAUGCAUGCUGUGACUGGGGCAUAUGCAAAACCUAUAUUUGUGGACCGCCUUGGAGCUAGCCUGGACUGCAUCUCAAAUGGAGUGCCUUUAGAAGAUUUUGGGCAUGGGCAUCCUGAUCCAAAUCUUACGUAUGCCAAAGAUCUUGUUAAGAUUAUGUAUUCUGAGGAUGCACCGGAUUUUGGAGCAGCAAGUGAUGGUGACGGUGAUCGAAAUAUGAUACUUGGAAGAGGCUUUUUCAUCACACCAUCAGAUUCUGUUGCGAUUAUUGCAGCUAAUGCAGAGGAAGCCAUCCCUUACUUUAAAGAUGGUGCCAAGGGACUUGCUAGGUCUAUGCCUACAAGUGGAGCACUUGAUCGUGUUGCAUCAAAACUGAAUCUUCCUUUCUUUGAGGUUCCAACUGGUUGGAAAUUCUUCGGAAAUCUGAUGGAUGCAGGGAAGUUAUCUAUAUGUGGGGAAGAAAGUUUUGGAACAGGUUCAGAUCACAUCCGGGAGAAGGAUGGGAUAUGGGCUGUACUGGCUUGGCUUUCCAUCAUUGCCUACCAGAAUAAGGACAAAAAGGUUGGGGAGAAGUUGGUCUCAGUUGCUGACAUUGCAAAGGAGCACUGGACAUCCUACGGCAGGAAUUUCUUCUCUAGAUAUGAUUAUGAGGAAUGUGAAUCUGAAGGAGCCAAUAAAAUGAUGGAGUAUCUUAGACAUGUCAUCUCUAAAACCAAGUCUGGUGAAAAAUACGGAAAUUAUACCCUUCAAUUUGCUGAUGAUUUCACCUACAAGGAUCCUGUGGAUGGCAGCGUAGCAUCGAAGCAAGGCCUUCGAUUUGUUUUCACUGAUGGAUCGAGGAUUAUAUAUCGUUUGUCGGGCACUGGAUCGGCAGGUGCAACCAUCCGAAUAUAUAUCGAACAGUUCGAGCCUGAUGUGUCCAAGCAUGGGACAGAUGCACAGACAGCAUUGAAGCCUUUGAUAGGUUUGGCAUUGUCCAUUUCGAAGCUCAGCGAGUUCACCGGCAGGGAGAAGCCUACGGUCAUCACAUAACAAGAAACAACCAGACAUGUUUCUUCUGUAGGAUGGACGACCUAUCCCAGCAAUGAUCAUCGAUGAAGAGGAGAAGAGAAUUCUUCUACCAAAUAUAUCCAAGCACUUGGCCCACAAGUGUCAUUAAAAGCAUGAGAGAAAUGAAGGCUUUUGAUCUUAUUAGAUGGGCUACAAUUAGACCCAAAAGAAACACAACUUUAUAGCUAAAUAAUAAACAAAAUUUGACUGUCUCCUUCUGUAUCUGCUGAUUGGAAAUUUGGGUGGCCACCUACAAAUAUAUUUGAUUCUCCUAGAGUUUUAGAUC